AUGCUCACUCAACGGAAUGCAACAAAUAUUUCAACCAAUAACUUGUCAUCAUCUCUGAAUACAAAAUUGAGUAAUGACGGUCAUGGUGAGGAUGAGGAGAAUGGAAUUGAUCUUUCGGAGCGUGAUGCUCACAGAGAGACUUGUUUUGACAGUAAAGAACCAAUCAUGCCAAAUGUCAAUUUGGGUGGCACUUCGUAUUUUCAACGAUUUAAACUUGUGGCGAGAAGAGUGUUGGCAAAUUAUGGAUGUCUAAAGCCAGAUUCAAGCAAAACUGAAUCUACGGGUUUAAUCUUCCGAGAUUCAAACUUUCCAUUUUGUAAAAUACUUUGUGUGACAAUUCUUGGUGUUUUUAUUGCCUUUACCAUUUUUGGCUAUUUGACAUUUGUUGUGACAAGAAAUUGGCUCAUCAAUUCUGCUCCUGAUUUUCUUGUCACACAACUCGUUCGAAAGGGAAUUUUAAAACAUUUGUUACAUCAAGUCAUUGAUCGAGUCUAUUUAUAUGAUCUCGAAAAGAAUGAACCAAAAAUGUUUUUAGGAAUGGAUACUUCACACGACGGAGAAUUCACAGCACUCGUUCGUCACAUGCUCAACAAUGAAGAUUUUUAUAAUUAUGAAACUUUUACUACUAGUAGUGGGAAGAAUGAAAUUCGUCACACGGUGGUCGAUAUUGGAGCUCAUGAUUGUCUCAGUGGUUCUAAUUCAUUUAAUUUCAUCAAAAUGGGAUUUGAUGCAAUUUUAGUGGAACCUUUUCCAAAUAAUAUGAAAUUAUGUAAAUAUAAUUUAGAGAGAGCCAGAAAAUCAUUUGCUGGAGACAAGGGAGCUGUGAGAAUGAAACAGAGAAUAGAAUUUGUCGAAGCUGCAAUUACUUCACAAGAUGGAAUGGCUGUGUUAGGAAAUCGAGAUGAAAGUGACGCUUGGGGAAUGCAAUUCUUUGUCGAGAAUAAGAAAUCAUCAUUGAAUCUUCCCUCUUCUCAACCACAAGAUGAGAAAUUAUUGAAAGAUUCCAAUGAUGGAAAGAGAGAGGGUGGUAUUCUAGUCAAGACCAUGACAUUUUCAACCUUUGCAGCUCAAUGUAAUCUUCCAAAGAAAUUCACAUUAUUAUCCAUCGAUGCAGAAGGUCAAGAUGUCAACAUUUUAUUGGAAAUGAUGAAAAGUGGUUAUCGACCCUUGUAUUUAAUUUAUGAACGUUUACAUGGAACUGGUUUGAAAGUAGAAGGAAUGGCCAAACAUGGUUAUAAAUUGGUGGCAGAGAGAGGAUGGAACCAAAUUUAUGUCUAUCGAGGAGUUGGUGGUGGUGGUGGUGUUGAUGGAAAGUAA